AUGAAGCUCUCAACCAUUUUCAUCGUGGCAACGUCUGUCCUCCUUACCGGAGCAGGUGCCGCACCACGCCAUUCGACCGACACUUGUUGGAAAUCGUGCUUCCCCCACAAGCGCCAAUGUCCCCAUGGCUGGCAUCCGGAAAAGCACCGCCAUUGCUGGACGUGCUGCAAAGAUCACGAUGGCAAUUUUGAGUACGAUUACGAUUACGACUAUGAGUACGAGUAUGAGCUCUUUGAUUGGCAGUAA